AUGGCAGCUACCAAGAACGCCUGUGGAAAGCAAAAGAAUCAGGAUACGAGAAGAGGGUCUGGAGGGGAAAUAUCUAGAUCCAGUCUCAACAAUUGGCUCAUUGCUGAGCCCUUGGAUUUUGCUCGUAAAUCGAAGGAGCAAACUAAACUUGGAUUUUUGGGUAGAAAGCUCCAGAUGUCUCUUGGUCAAUCCAUCAAUUAUCUUGCUGAAACUUUUCAUCAUCUCCUCUCGCCGUCUGAAAUUUUCCAAUCAAAUGCGACAGCCAUUCAGGCGAAGAAAAUGGCGUAUCUUGACAGCAAGCAACGCCUCUCUUGGCUCUCCGGUUUUCGUUUCUAUGUGGUUUCACCUAGAAGCUUCAGACUUACUAGGAAGAAUUGUAGGGAGCAUGGAACUCCGCUUACAUGGUCCGAGUAA